AUGACCGGAAAUCCCACAAGCUCAAUGUCGGCGCAGAGCUUGCAGGCUCUGCUUGGCCAGGCGAUGAGACCUAGAAGGGACCCGUCUCAACCAGCCCUCAAUCCACGAGCUAUGUACGGGACCACGGCCUAUAGCAACACCUCGUUCCAACUAGGCCUACACCAUCCGUCUCAUAUCCCGAUCCGGGAUACACGACCACAAUUGAUAUCUUACGCCAGUCAACUGCAACCCGGAGACUAUCCCUACCCCGAAUUCCCAAGCUUAGGUUAUGACCUAUUCCUGCCACCACCAUCGGGCCUGGAAGGGUAUACGGCCACUCGGCUACCUACUCUCGAGAAUUCGUUUCAGGGACUGCAAUCUGCGAGUAAUCCAGUCUACUCAACUGGUCCAAUUCAUCCCGAGGAGCUAGUUCCACCAGCCCACAUCCAUAGCAAUGGAAUCAUCCCUGGGCACCACAAGUCUGGGAAAACCCAACCCCCGGCAAGCUUUCCAUCUAAGAAAAACCGACCUCGAACACCGAGUCCUCAUGUACCUACUCGUGACUCAGCCUCUAAUUUGGCGGAUAUGGACUGGGAUUCAGAACCGAGAACCGAAUCUGAACUAGAUCCUGAAUCUGAACCAGAGAAGAGAGUAGCCUCUCGGAUUGUCAACCAAAAGCGACCCCGACCUCAGACUCCUGACCCAACCCCGAACAAGAAAGUGAGAUCUGGCCCUGACCCAACUCCCGCCGAGCCUGCCCGAGGGGAAUGGAGAGAAAUUUGCACUAGAUCAGUGAGCAAACAUCCGGAUUUAAUGAGACACCUUGAACGAAGAAAAACCGAUCCUGUGUAUCACUACUAUCAUGAAGUCAUGGCUACCCCUAGCAACGAGACCUCGUGGCAAUUGGAUUGGAAUACGGAGGAGGAUCUGCCCGCAGACCUUAAAGGGUUGGAGAAGGAACGCUUAACCCACGAACAAAUCAAGACAUUGGCUUUCUUUAAGCCCGGCAUCCGAAAAAAGUACAAAACAGCCUUCCGAUGGAGAGGCCAAAUCCGCACUGAAUACGCCCACCUUCUCGAAACCGUGGAGAAGGGGAGGUUCAAAAUGCCUGCGCAGCUCCUUCAUUCGUGUAAUCCGUGUCUAGUCGGGCAAUAUCUCUUCUGGAAGGUCUCUUCAAGUUCAGAGAACCUAUCCCCGACGCAGACAACAUCAUCCCCAGCGACGUCUUCCGCUAUCCAUUCCGAAUUGGCUAGUCCAUCCAUUCCUGCUCUAUCUUCCCAAGUCCCUAACAGUACUCAGAACGAUACUAAGACGGCCAUGCUACUACAUAAAUUGCGCAUGACUCAGCGGGACCGAAAUAACCAAUACUCAGUCAACCAGACCAUGUCUGCUCUAUUGACAGUGCAGAACGCAGAAGUGACAGCACUCCGGGAUAGGAUACAAAGCUAUGAUACACUCCUAGGGGACCAUCUGGCUCUGCAGUCUCAAGUUAAAAAGUGGCCACCUCUACCUCAACCCACCCCGAUCUUUACCUAUCCCCGCCCAAAGCCUUAUCCGGGAACCGAGUCCACUUGA